AGGAGAGGAUGGAGGCACAAGCCGCACCCUUUGAUUCAAAGAACGCCUGCUAUGUGGCAGACAAGGUGGAGCUGUACCUUAAGGGUCUGGUCACUGCCAGGGCCGACGGGAAGUGUACUGUAACAGUCACGAAACCUGACGGCACUAAGGAUGAAGGAAAAGAGUUCAAAGAUGCAGACAUCUAUGAGAUGAACCCCCCUAAGUACGACAAGAUUGAGGACAUGGCCAUGAUGACCUACCUGAAUGAAGCCUCUGUGUUGUAUAACCUCAAAGAGCGUUAUGCAGCAUGGAUGAUCUAUACCUACUCUGGGCUCUUCUGUGCCACGGUGAACCCCUACAAGUGGCUCCCUGUGUACGACGCAGAGGUUGUCAACGCCUACAGAGGGAAGAAGAGAGUGGAGGCUCCACCCCAUAUCUUCUCCGUCUCUGACAACGCCUUUCAGUUCAUGAUGAUUGGUACGAGCUCUCAUGGAUGGAUGGAUGGAUGGUUGGUUGGAUGGACAGAUGAUUGGAGG